GAUGCAGGACAUUGUCCCCAGAACAGUCACCAAAGAUCACACUAAAGUUUGUGGACCAUUCUUGAACCUUUAAUUCUAAGACAAAAAAUAAACGUGUUGCCUCUUUGUGUUAGUCACCCAUCACUCUGAAGUGGACCGAGAGUUUGUGAAGCCCUCCUGGACUCUCAAACAGGAUUAAGAACACUUCAGCUCCUUUUGUACUAAUCACAUCAGAUCACUGUGGGAUCGCAUGUGCGCCUGCAAAGAACCGGUACCAUGACCGAGACUCUGCAACUCCCAGCGCUGCAGGUCCAAGCUCCCGGGGACUGGGAGGAAGACGGCUCGAGUGCAACCACAACCGGAGACCCUGCUGGACCACCCAGCACUCCACUGAGCCCUUCACAAAGCCCUGCCUCCAGUCCCUCCCUGCGGCGCAAGCGCUUCAAGAUGCGACGCAUGAAGAAUGUACAGAGCGAGAGGGAGGCGGCUGACGGCGGUUCCCCUGGGAACUCUGGCUCCAAGGAAUACUUGCAGCUCCCCUCCAUCGAGAUCACGCCAUCCAGCGAUGAGGAUGCUGCCUGGUCCAACUGCUCCACGCCCAGUGCCUCACCACGCCGCAAACGCUUCCUCCUGCGCAAGUGGCUUCGAGGGGGUGACAAGAAGGAGCAGAGCAGUGAGAGCAGCAGUCAGCAGAGCAGCAUACAGAGCAGCCAUGAGGAGGACACCACGCGCUACCUGACCCCUAACAUCCGCGAGGAGAGCACUGCCAGUAACUCGAACCGGAGCACACCCACUUGCUCGCCCGUCCUCCGCAAACGCUCUCGCUCGCCCACCCCCCAGAGCCCUGAGGGAGAGAACAUGGUGGAGAAGGGCUCCGAUCACUCCUCUGAUAAAUCCCCCUCCACCCCUGAGCAGGCCGUCCAGCGCACCUACAGCCAGUCCGUCCACACCAGCACGCGCAGCGGCGGCAAGAACUCCAAGAAAAGUCAAAGCUGGUACAACGUAUUGAGUCCCACGUACAAGCAGCGCAAUGAGGACUUCAGAAAGCUCUUCAAGCAGCUGCCCGACACAGAGCGCCUCAUCGUGGACUACUCAUGUGCCCUGCAGAGAGACAUCCUCCUCCAGGGUCGCCUCUACCUCUCCGAAAACUGGAUCUGUUUUUAUAGCAACAUCUUCCGCUGGGAAACGCUGCUAACAGUGCGGCUGAAGGACGUCUGCUCCAUGACGAAGGAGAAGACGGCUCGCCUCAUCCCCAACGCCAUCCAGCUCUGUACUGACAAUGAAAAGCACUUUUUUACCUCAUUCGGGGCACGGGACCGGACUUACAUGAUGAUGUUCCGGCUGUGGCAGAAUGCUCUCCUGGACAAGCCAUUAUGUCCCAAAGAGCUGUGGCACUUUGUCCACCAGUGCUAUGGAAACGAGCUGGGCUUGACAAGUGAUGAUGAGGAUUAUGUGCCUCCAGAUGAUGACUUCAACACCAUGGGGUACUGUGAGGAGAUCCCGGCCGAGGACAACGAGGCCAACGACGCCUGCCCCAAAAGCCCAGAGGUCAAGGUGGACGCCAGCCCCCAGCUGCCCAAGAAAUCCUUCACCAGCAAUAACCUCCCAUCCACGGGCAGCACGGACACACCUGUCCACUAUGAUAUGGCUCCAGAGGAAGAGUUUGCUAGCUGUCUUCCUGAGGACCUCCUAGCCCUGCCUUUACCGGACAACAAGCUGUCCGAGUCCAGCGCCCCGGUCCCUUCGCCCUCGCUCGACUUCAACGACAAUGAGGAUCUCCCCACUGAGCUCAGCGACUCCUCGGAAACUCACGACGAGGGUGAAGUCCAGGCCUUUCAUGAGGAUCUGAAUGGGAAGCAAUACAUCAACGAGAUCUACAAGUUCAGUGUGGAUAAGAUGUAUGACCUUCUCUUCACCGAGUCCCAGUUCAUGAGGGACUUUCUGGAGCUGCGCCGCUUCUCUGAUGUGGUUUAUCGGCCCUGGAAGAAGGAGGAGACGGGGGACCAGAGCAGAGAGAUCAUGUACACCAUCUCCCUCACCAACCCUCUGGCCCCAAAGACGGCCACGGUCACCGAGACCCAGACUCUGUACAAGGCCAGUCAAAAGAGCGAGUGCUACAUCAUCGAUGCUGAAGUGAUCACGCAUGACGUUCCUUACCACGACUACUUCUACACCCUCAACCGCUACAUGCUGACCAGAGUGGCCAAGAACAAGUGCCGGCUGAGGGUGUCCACUGAGUUGCGGUACAGGAAGCAGCCGUGGGGGCUGGUCAAGGGCUUCAUCGAGAGAAAUUUCUGGAGUGGCCUGGAUGAAUACUUCAGACAUUUAGAGCUGGAGCUAAGUAAGAUGGAGGUGGCUCUAACAGACCCGCACCGGCAGUCUCCCAAAGCCAAAGCAGUCCGCACGGCCACAGCGAGGCGGAGGAAGAGGCCGAUGGUGCACCUGCGACCGCAGCACCUGGACGAGGCCCUGAGCCCGGUCACCACACCUGAGGACGAAGAGGAGGUCAUCCACCGCAUUAAACACGUGGCAGGAUCCACGCAGACCCGACACCUCCCUGACCCGGGCCCUGGUGGCCUGGCCCUCUACAGCGUCUCCAAAUUGCUGCUCAUCAUCAGCUUUGUCCUGGUGUUGCUGGUUCUUCUGAACAUGAUGCUGUUCUAUAAGCUGUGGAUGCUGGAGUACACCACUCAGAGCUUAGCGUCACUGCAGGGCCUGAGACCCGGAGAGAGUAAACCUCCACAAACACAAAUGGAAUGGGCUCAGCUUUUGGAGUCUCAGCAGCGUUACCAUGACGACGAGCUGGAGAAGUGGCGGGAGAUCAUCAAGUCGUCUGUGGUUUUAUUAGAUGAGAUGAGAGACUCUUUAACGAACCUCCAGAAGGGAAUCGGGAUACGAGAGUACGGCUCCAAGGCUGAGGAGAAGAGGAGCCGCUACCACUGAGGCGGUGUUUACGGCCGAAUGGACACCUCGUGCAAUAUGAAGCGGAGCGCCCGUGUCCGGGCUGAGCUGGACUGGACUCGGCUGGACUGUCUUCCUCGCUCCUCCCCUCUGUAACUUUUAAAGAGGGCCAGCUAUACAAGAAGGUGAAAAAAAACAGUGAACUGCAUGCAGUUUGACCCUCACGUGACUACGAACUUAUGAUUUAUAAUAAUCCUGCUCAGCCAGAGCCAAAAACACCACCAACAAAAAAAAAACCCAACAGUGACUCCUGGUUCAUUCGGCCCUUUCGAAGGACUCGAAUGGGGGUUAUACGCACAGAGCCACGUCCCAGCCGCAGUAUCCUUUUUUUUAAAAACCUUUCAGAAUCUGGGACCAGGUUAAAAUACCGACCUAUAAUCUUUAAGUGUUACUUGGAAAACGUGCACAUUUACCGAUGCGAAUAAGAGAAUGUGGAAUCGAAGUAUAUUAUGAAAAACACACCUGAAGAUAUAUAAUUUAUAUGUAGAGCUAUAUUUGUUGCCAGAGCUAAUUUUUAUGAGGCUUCCAUGGAAAAUUGGGGCUGGAACCCUGAUAGCUUGUGCCAUGGUGCUAAUUAUGCAUAUAUGUUCAUGUUACGGUUGUUUUCUGUCCGUGUAGAGUAGAACUAUUUUUAUUUUUUUGCCCGUAAAUGCGAAAGGCCAAUAGUUCUUGAGGUAGAGCAUGUCCUUAUCUUUCUCAAACAAGUCUCGCAGGGCCUUAUGUGGUCUAGUAAGAAGAAUGUCUAGGGAAAACCAUGGACGAAAGGUGGGUGGGCUUACAGCAGGGGGCGAUGGUAUGCAAGCAAGCCCGUCGUUAGCACAUGGAUGUACUGUAAGUUAGCAUGGCUGAAAUUUGUCCCCCCC